GAGCAGGAAGCUGCAAUUGGUAGUGCAAGAGAAAUGGCGAGAGUGGCACGCAUGAAGCUGGGUUCCCAGGGCCUGGAGGUCUCCGCCCAGGGCCUGGGUUGCAUGGGGAUGUCCGCCUUCUACGGCCCCCCAAAGCCGGAGACCGACAUGAUCGCCCUCAUCCACCACGCCGUCCGCAGCGGCGUCACCUUCCUCGACACCUCCGACGUCUACGGCCCCUUCACCAACGAGAUCCUCCUCGGCAAGGCUCUGCAAGGGGGGAUGAGGGAGAAGGUGGAGCUGGCGACCAAGUUUGGUUUGAGUUUUGCUGAUUGGAAGUGUCACGCUUCCGAUCCGAGAUUAUGA